AGAGAGAGUAAAAACUGGAGGCGGUUUUCACGGCAGAAAGGUAAAACACAAGGAGAUGUCAACUCUGCAAAUGCUCCUCUCAAACUCCCUCUAAUUUCCUUUCACCUCCAUCUCUCUCUCUCUCUCGACUGCAAAACCACACAUCUACACACACGACGCAAACGCAAUGGGAUCGGCGGACGUUGGUUACGCGUCAUCCAAUGACGGAGCUCAACCGGCGCAAUCUUCACCUCACAAACCGCAACCUUCUCCUCCUCCUGCUUCAGACUACCCAGACACCACAUACCUGAGGUUUCUCGCGUCAAAUGCUGAAGCUGGUUCAAUCAUUGGAAAGGGUGGAUCAACAAUCUCUGAUUUCCAAUCACGAUCCAAUGCACGAAUUCAGUUGUCUCGAAACUAUGAAUAUUUUCCAGGAACUUCAGAUAGGAUCAUCAUGGUGUCUGGAACUAUUGAUGAAGUUCUUGAUGCUGUGGAACUUAUCCUCACCAAGUUGUUGAAUGAAUUUUAUGCUGAAGAUGGUGAGGAGGCUGAACCAAGAUCAAAAGUUAGGCUAAUUGUACCGAAUGGCUCUUGUGGUGGAAUCAUUGGAAAGGGAGGAUCUAUGAUAAAGUCAUUCAUUGAAGAUUCACAAGCUAACAUUAAGAUAUCCCCUCAAGAUAACAACUAUAUUGGGAUGAAUGAUAGGUUGGUAACAGUAGCUGGCACCUUACAGCAACAGGUGCAAGCUACUAGUCUGAUUCUCUCAAGAUUGUCUGAAGAUCUUUACUACGUACAGUCUGUGGGUCCCCCAUUUCCAUAUGCUGCACCUUUUUACAGUGUACCAAACUAUGGACCAAAUGGUGCUGGUAAAAAGUUUCAGAACAAUAAGGAAGAUAUGAGUAAUUCAGUGACUCUGGGCGUUGCAGAUGAGCAUAUAGGAAUUGUGGUGGGCCGUAGUGGUAGAAAUAUAACAGAAAUUAGUCAGAUUAGUGGAGCUAGGAUUAAGAUAUCUGAAAGAGGUGAUUUCAUAAAUGGGACAUCUGAUAGGAAAGUAACGAUUACUGGAUCACAAAGGGCAAUAAAUGUAGCAGAGGCUAUGAUAAUGCACAAGGUUGCAUCGGCUUCAUCUCCAACUCUAGCUGCGACUACUGAAAACUGAAAACUGAUAACGAGGUUCUCUCUUUCUGUCAGUUUAAACAGGAACUUUUGCCAUAAAUCAUUUUUAUCAUAUAGAGUUGAAACAAAACAUAUUGUCAUCUUUGCUUUCGUAUUUUACUAAAUUUAUGACCACAAAAUACACAGAAUGAGGAACUUCUUAUAAUCAUGCAAAUUCUUACAAGUAAAUAUGAAUUUGAUGCAAUUUAUUAUUCGGCUUACUAAUACCAUAAACUGAUUAAUAUGAGAAAUUAAAUUUCUUUUAGUAAUAAUUUUGUUGUUGAAAAUUUGGUUUAUGGUUCAUAACCACCGGCAUCAUCACCUCCGUAUCCUGAUCCAUAUCCCUCUCCAUAUCCAGAGCCGCUCCCAUAUCCUGAACCUUGCCCAUUACGGCCACCUCCACCGCCUCCGCCUCCACCGCUGCCGCUACCACCACCACCAUUUUUACCGCCACCACUUCCGUAUCCAGAACCACUUCCACUGCCAUAGCCUGAACCACUUCCUGACCCAUUCCC